AUGGUGUCGGUAGCCCCGCUCUCUCUUGAGCGGUCACCCUCAGCCUCCGUCAUUGGGGCGGCGGAAGGCUCCACCAACAACCGCCGUAUAGACCCGGCCGCCGAUCUCCGUGAGGCGCAGGAAAAGAACGCAUGGGAGGUGCGGGAGGAGAAAGAAGCCGCCGCCAAGAAGGCGGAGGCCGAUAAGGCGGCCGCAGCCAAGGCGGCGCAAGCGGACGCAGACGCCGAGGCCAAGGCCCAAGCUGACACCGCGACAAAGAAGCGAGCAGAGGAUGCCACGCGCCAGCAGAUCCCGCAGCUCAUCACCCCCCUGCGCUCUACGCCACCAGCGCCAGAAAUCUCAGCGCCAGCUGGAGGAGCCGGUGACGAGAAGCCGGUCACAGAGAGGGAACGCGGCGAUGCCAUCUUGCGAGAGACGGAGGCGCCUCCGCAACCGCCGACUGCAGAUGCGCAGGGCAGCCAGCCGACUGCCCCAUUGGUGCCGCCAGCUGGAGGCGAGCUGAUGGUGGGGUCGGCUCCCAUGGCCCGCACUCCUGUGCGUUGCCGUGUGGAGAAAGCGGCAUCAGCGCCGAGGCCAAUGGAGGUCGGGAGCGCCAGUUCGUCGGCCCCUAAAGCCGAAGCCAGCAGCGCUACGCCGACAGAGUUGGUGCACGGGGGCGGGACGAGCGCCUUGAUCAAGGCGGCGCAGGACGUCCAGGGAGAUUGCAGAUCCGAAGCCACCGCCCUUUCGCAAUGCAUGAAGGCGUUUGUGAAGACACAUGCCACCGUUCGGGAUUACCACAACAUCCACGCGGCCACCUUCAAUGCCAAUGUCCGGGAGCUGGACCGACGGACCGCGGGCUUGAUGGAAAGCCGGAAAGCCAACGCCGCCUUGCAGCAGCGACUGGGCGAAGCCAACACUGCGCUGCGUGCCAAGGAGGACGAGUGCAACAGGGCGGCCCAGGAGCGCGACCGCCUGGCCAAGGAACUGAAGGACCAGGCGGAACUUCACAAGGCGGCCCUAAAGCAGGUGGAAGACAACGAAGCCAGGCUCCUGGCUGAGUUUGAGACCGAGCGCUCAGGUUGGGCUGAGACGGAGGCGGCGCUGACUGCCGGCUAUGGCAAGAUCGAAGACAUAGUCGAUGACUUCUUCCCCAGCCAUUCCAUCGCCGCCAACCAGGCCAUUGAGGCUCGCUGCGAAGAGCGAAGGGCGGAAGGCGCGGAGAUCGCUGCCAACGCCCCUCGGACCCUUGGUGAGCAGCUCCUUAGUAUUCAAGAGGCCAGUGCCGAGUUGGUGGCGGUGGAGCGUGCCCUCAGUAUCCGCGCAUCGGCGAUCGCUGAGUACACCAACACCGGUGUCUUCGUCCCUGAGCUGAACGAGAACGGUGUCGAGGUGCCGCUAGAAUGGUUCGGUCUGAACCCAGAUGAUGGCGAAGACUCGGCAGAGGAAAUCGCCUCGAGCGACGAAGGUGAAGACGAGGAAGACGAGGAUGAUGAAGACGGUGCGCCGGAGGUUAGAGCGGGCGGCCAGCCUCAACUCGACCGCGCCUCCAGCACCGAGCCACGUGCAAGCAUGCCGACUGUUGCUGAAGGCGACCAAGCCGAGACUCGCCAGCCGGCCACUCCACCAGCCGGCGCCCUCGACUGCACCAACCUGCCAGACUCGCCUGCUGCUCCUUUGGUCUAG